UGUGCUGCUGCGUCGUUGCCAAUUUUAUUGAAAAUAGCUGUUAAAAAGUUGUGUAUUAUAUAAAUAACGGUUGUGUAUGUAUUAAACAUUGUGUGAUGGGUGACGGAGGUAGAAAAUUAGUGCCGAUAACCUGCAGUAAAAAGCUAGAAACAGAUUAUGACUCCUCCGAUCUUGAUGAAACUCAAAUAGCCGCCGCCCAAAUGUGCAAUAUUGUCAUCGAUGAUAAUAGUACGACAAACUCGAAUUCAGAGGACGAAUCAUCCAAAAUAUUAAAACCAACUAACCCUAGUUGCAACGACAGUAUAAUCCCUGGAAGUUCAGAUGAUCGUUCUCAAGUAAAAGACACUGUUUGCUUAGACAAAGACAGAGUUCGGAGUCGUGUCAAACCUUUGAAACGACGUAAACCAGCUAAACCAUCUGAAUGGAAAGUUAAUAUCGCCAAAAAGCGAAAGAUGGAAGGGCUGCCUUAUGUGGCCCAAGGCAUUAAGCGUCCUGCUAAACUACCAAGACCUAUUGAAUGUGAUAAAUGCCAAUUCAAAUGUACUGAACAGUUUUCCGAAGAAGAACGCAGCAGAUUGUGCCGUCAUUUCUACAGUAUGGAUUUCCGGGCAAGGAAGAACUUUAUUCUUUCUUGUAUAACAAUUGAGCCUGUUAAAACACGAAAAUUACAGAAGACCUCUAAUAAAAAGGAACGUUCAUAUAGUAAAAAAUGUUUCUUUCAGAAAGACAAUGACAAAAUUCAAGUUUGUCAAAAAUUUUUCAUGGCUACAUUGUGCAUUAGUGUAGAUGUCAUAACGGAUGCUGUUAACAAAAAGGAUUCAUUGGGAUUGUAUGCCGGGGAUGAUCAACGUGGCAGGAAAAGCCCACCAAAUAAAAUUAAAUUUUGAA